AUGGAUAGAAAUCCAAUUUCAUUAGUUUUUCAUAAUGUAUAUUUAACUCAUAAAAUAUUUGGUUAUAUUAAAGAAAUCAAUAAAUCCUUACAUUACUUUACAUACGAUUUUUAUUACUCACCACUUGAUCUAAUAAUAAAAAAUAAUAAUAAGCAAUUUCUCAUAACAAGAUUAAAACUAUAUGAAAAAUAUUUUAUAAAUAGUAAUAAUAAUAAUAAUAAUAAUAAUAAUUUACAAUAUGACAGUGAUAAAUUUAAAUAUUAUUUAGAAUUUAAUAAUUUAGAAAGUGAUAUUUUAUUUCAAUGGAAAGAAUUUGAUGUAGAAAUAUUAGAGUUAAUGGAAAGGUUGUUUCCAGGUGUAAUAGAAUACAAAAAUGUUCAUUUAAAAUAUGCAAUCAAUAAUGCAAAUGUAGAAUUGUUUAAAAAAAUCGAGAAAAAAGUACAGUUUAUACAAAUAUUCGAUACUGAUAUAUCAUUCAAUAUUAACAAGUGUUCCAACAAAGAGAUUAUAGAAAUGUACGAUUAUUUAACCAAUAAAUACCCAUUUCAAACAAAUCAACAGACCAUCCAACGAAUACUAAAAAGCAUUGCAAAUGAAAGUAAAUCAGAAGAACUAUUUGAGUUUUUUUUAAAAGAAACUGAAAUUAAAUACACAUUUAAAGAUUACAAUUUUAAAUUAUUAUUUAUCGAAGCAUUAUCAUCAAAUAAUUUAGAAAUUAUAAAGUUGAUUUUAUCAAAAAUGGAUCAAAAAGAAACUAUUGAAGAAUCAGAUUCCUCAUCAUUAGAACAAUAUAUAACAAUUUAUAAUUAUAAAAUUUUUAAAAGUGAAUUUAUGGAAAUUUCAACUGAUUAUCUAUUCAAUACGAAAUUAAUAGACUUUGUUGAACAAAUAUAUGAAUUCUCAAAUAUUGAACUUUCAAAAAAGAGUCUUUACAUUCACAUCAAAAGUGAAGAGAUGGCCAAGUUUGUUUUUUCAAAAAAUUACCCAAUUCAAAAACUGCAUUUUACUGACCAAUGUUUAAAUGACGAUCUAUCAAAUACUGACAUAUUUAAAGAUAAAAAAAUUAGUUGGAUCCCAACAAAGCUUAAUCAUCAAAAGUAUGCCUAUAUGAAAAGAGUUGGAACUGUUAUAGGAUACUAUAAUAGAAUGAUUGGAAAUUACUUUGAUAAAAUUCAAAAAAAAAGUAAAGGUUUAUCAAGUGAAACUUUUGACAUCAUUAAUGAAAUUGGGAAAAAAUAUACCACAUGGGCAUCCACUCAAAUAUUUAAUAGUUUAGAAUUUAGAUAUAACAAAAAAAAGGUCCAUUUGUUACUUUCGAAUAUAGUGGAUCUUUCUGAUUGGGAUGACCUCUCUAAACCAGAGCCAUUCGUAGUUGAUUUUGAAAAAAGAAAAAAAUUCCUCAAAGAAAUUUCACAAGUACCAUUAUAUAUCGAAACCCUGAUAGAAUAUCUUUCAAAAUUCCAAAAUUCGAUCAAUCUUUUCCACAAAUUUAAAUUUAAUCCACAUAUCAACCUCAAUAUCAACCAACAUAAUCUAAUGAAAUGUAUAGAAACCUACGGUUUAUCAAAUUACGUAAAGGACCAUUUUAUUCAAAAAAAACUAGACAAAAAAAAUAUAGGUUAUAUAUUUUACCGUUCAAUUAUUGAAAAAGUCAAUCAAAAACUAAUUUUGUUUUUAAUUCAAGAUGAUUUAGUAAUACUCGAUAUAAAAUCUAUAAUGGAAAAAUCAAUACUCCACGAAAAUACAUUUAUUAUCGAUUUAAUAUUAUCAAUAGGCAAUUUUAAGAACUUCAACUUUUACAAUCAAAUUUUAAAACAAAAAACUCAACAUUCAAAAUAUCAACAAAACUUUUACAGCCACCAUCUAAAUUCAUUUUCAGAUUAUUUAAAUUUAGUGCAUCAUUUAAUCAUAUAUUAUUCAUAUAUCAAUAAUAGAUUUGAAAUGAUAAAAUAUUUACUAGACCAAAAUUAUAAAAGCAAUAAUAAUAAUAGUAAUAAUAAUAAUUAUUUAUCAGAUUUUAUAAUUCCAAUUCAUUUAUUAAAUGACCAAUCUAUUUUAUUUUUAAAAAAUAUAAAUUUAUUUAGUGGUUAUAACAAAUCUUAUUACAUAAAUGACAGUAACAUAAUUCAGUCAAACGAUAAUUUAGUAUUAAAUUUUUAA